AGCGGUUCAAAAAAACAAGCUACAUCACAAUAGGUGAUUGACUUUACACAGGCCUCUUCUGCCUUUUGCAUGGUUUCGCCGUCACAUGUCGUCCUCCCUUACUUCCUCUCCGUGUGGCUGGAACGCGGUCGUAAACCUCUCGGAUGCUGACUUUACCUCCCGCGUCGACUUCAUCGAUGCGUACGUGCUCCCUACGUUUAGUGAAGUCGCACCCACGGCGGCGUUAGUUUCACCGUGGCUUUUGUCGUAUCCGCCUCCUCUCCCGCCCUACCCGACUACCGCAAACUCGGAUCUGCAGCGCGACCCCACCCACACAACCGCUUGUGCGUCCGCCGCGUCACCCCACGCUCGCGUGGAAACGGUUCCGCUCGCCUGGCGGUGCCCGACUUGCGGCAGCGUGGAGGUCGAGCAGCUCUACUGGCGGCGUCCCUCCGCACCGCGGUGCUGUCGCACAGCGCACAACGUGUCCACCACAGCCACUCGUGCACUGCUGGCACGCAAGUUGCAGCUUCAGGGACUCUCAGCAGCGAUGAAGGCCAAACUGGAGCGUCACCGGCGUCGGCGCGAGCGUCGCGAAGAGAUGCGCUGGCGCUCGUUGCACGUGAGCACGCGCUGUCGACAGUGCUUUCUGUGCCCUCGAUGCGGUGGUCACGGCGGCAGCGAACCGUGCGAGACGCAACGUGACGCAGAGGAAGCGCGUGUUACCUCUCCAAACAACAACCCAAACAGAGGCGCGUCGUGUUGUCGGCCCUCCUAUCGAAAUGACCGUCGCGACAGCGGCGACGGUGGAGCAUUAGCGCCAGCAUCAUCGGUGUCAGCGCUUGACAUUCGGUUAACAAACGACAUGCGCUACUUCGCCGUGUGCCCGUGCUGCGAGUGGCACAGCUACCAAGCCUUCCCCUCCAUGGAGCAGCUGAUUUCCUACCUAGACAGCGUCAUGGGGGAAGACAAGACGGAGGUAAUGCGAGACCGGCGCAAUUCACAGCGCAGCGCCAACAGUGCCCUGCGUAGUCGUCUGCAUGAGAUCCUCUGCCCGAACGACGCUGCUGGCGAUGUCGGAGAGGAGCUCCUCUGUCUUCUUCCUCACGAACCACCAAAGAUGUCGCUCUCCCACGCGGCGUGGGAGACGUACACGAAGCUGACAUCUGGCAGGCAGCGGCGUACAUCGCCGAACUCACCACGCGGCGACGCGACCCCUCGGCAGCGGCACAAAGAAGGUGAGAAGAAAUCAAUAAACACAACAGCAGCAGCAGGCGACGAGGAGGGGGAGGACGCAGUGGACCUCGUGGCGGGCCUCCACCCUGCCGUGGCGCUGGAGGUGCUACGAGAACGUGAAGCGGUGCAUCGCGCAAAGGUGCCACUCGACAAACAAGCGGUUUGUGCUCCUCCAGGCGCUGUGCAGGUGGCGCGAGUGUGGGACUUGGCGCAGGAGGCGUGGGCCUUCUUCGGCGGUGCAGACCAACCCGACACGAUCGAGGCGGCGCCCUCCUUGUCCGUACACCCUCCGGGAUCAUCGGAGGUGGACUUUAUUGCGCGCACCCAGCAGUCCGUCAUGGGCCUUUGUGCCGAGGCGGUGGACACACGUCAGCUUACGCUGCAUGAGUGGAUGCAGCGCUACCAGCCAGCAGCGGUCGUGGCGCAGCAGCGCAAAGCAGCAGCAGCAGCUACGGCGACGUCCUCUCCUACUCGCCACGCAAUACUCCGCACCAAUGGCAGCUCCCCCUCCGCCCUCGCCGCGCUGUUCUCGACGCUGCCCGGCCGCACACCAGCUAAAAUACGUGCGACAACCAUAGAGCCGGCCUUCGCUACACCGACGCCGACUAGCAACGUCAUUCUCAGUGGCAGCACCCCCGCUGCCACACCCACCGUGUCCGCCCUCUACCACACACCCACCUCCGCCUACCUGCAGUCGCUGCUGCAGCGGGAGCACGACCGCCCCUUGGGCCUGCCUGCCUACUGCGUUCCACGCGGACGAAAGGAACUGCUAACAGGACUCGCAUGGCGGCUUCCCUCGCGGCAACGCGAAAGCGGUGGCGAAGCGGCAGAUGAUGAUGAUGGUGCUGACGUGCAUUGCCACCGUGUCCCUUGUACGCGUGUGGUGCUUUUGGACCGUCCAGCGCUGUCCGAAAGCGAGGUGCAGCUGGUCUACGCGCACUGGUCGGUGCUGCUGGAGAAGGCAGCGGAGCGGCAACGGCAGCUGUCCACCCAGGAGAUGACAACGGCUGCCGGCGGAGACGGAGGCAGCGACUCGGAGGCGGACGAAGACAACGUGGACGGCCUCCUCGCGACGAGUCACAACGAUGCAUCGAGUGAGGUGAUAAGAAAUAGUGGAGCGGAGACGUCCUCCGUCCCUCCCUCUCACGUCGCCCUCUCAGCGGCAACAACCUUCACUUCUCCUUCUCCGCCUCCCUCUCAAAAGGUGUCAGCAAACAAAAAGAAGACGACAACGCUGCCGCUGCCGCUUUUCCUGGAUGGCACCGGCUACGCAGCAACUUCGGCGUUGCCGUGUUGGCAGUACGUAGGAAGUACCCGCACCGGAAGCCAUGGAAAGGCAUAUUUAGAGUGGCGCUUCCGUCUCGUAAACCUCAACUUGCAGCACGACCUUUACGUGACAACGCUGGCGGUGAGUGAUGUCUCCGUGCGUAGAGGUCUGCAGACGGCAAGCAGCGACGAGGGAGUCGACAGCAGCGGCGGCGCUUCUUCUUGUGAGCUACUUUUGAGCUCUGUAGGAGCACCAACGGUGCAGCUGCCUGCGUCUUUGCAGCCUCGAUGCUCCCCAGAAGAGCGGGCGGUACUGGAAGAGAUACGGGCAUCGGUCGCCAGUCGAACCACGGAGACGGCAAUGGGUGAAGACGCUGCCAGAGCCAAUGCCGCCGUCCCGUGGGAGGCUGCAGCGGUCCUCGCGCCAUCUCCUUCACCGCAGCUGAGUGCCGGGGGGGUUGCUCAGUUGCCGGAACUUCAGGUCACACUCAGAGCGCGAGCAGAAGGGCUGGAAAGUAAGACACGUGAUAGCGCCGUUUAUGUGGCGUUGGCUAUGGAAGUGCUGACGCCGCUGCCGGAUGUCUCCACGCUGAACCCUGUAGGGAACGCCGUAGCAUCUGUCAAGGGAGUUCCUCCUUGCGUGUGUCAGUAUUACUCCCUCAAAUGCGGAGUGACUGUGUUGCUUACCUCAACGUAG